AUGGAGCCUGGAUCCGUGGUCCGAGCCGUCUUUGACUUCUGCCCUAGCGUCUCAGAGGAACUGCCACUGUUCGUGGGGGACGUCAUUGAAGUGUUGGCCGUGGUGGAUGAGUUUUGGCUCCUAGGGAAGAAGGAAGAUGUUACAGGACAGUUCCCCAGCAGUUUUGUGGAGAUCGUGACAAUUCCCAGUCUGAAAGAGGGAGAGAGGCUGUUUGUCUGCGUCUGCGAGUUCGUGUCUCGAGAGCUGAACAGUCUUUCCCUCCAUCGAGGAGACCUGGUCAUUCUCUCCGAUGGUACUCCCACUGCAGGAUGGCUGCAGGGCCGAAGCUGCCGGGGCGCCCGGGGCUUCUUCCCAUCCUCCUGUGUCCACGAGCUCUGCCUCUCCUCUCAGAGCCGUCAGUGGCACUCACAGAGUGUGCUGCUUCAGGCUCCAGAAUACUCCAUGGGACAAGCACGGGCCCUCAUGGGCCUUUCUGCCCAGUUGGAUGAGGAGUUAGAUUUCAGGGAAGGAGACGUGAUCACCAUUAUCGGGAUGCCUGAGCCAGGCUGGUUUGAGGGAGAGUUAGAAGGUCGAAGGGGCAUUUUCCCAGAAGGUUUUGUAGAGCUUCUGGGGCCCCUAAGGACUGUGGAUGAGUCGCUAAACUCUGGAAGUAGAGAUCACUCCACUGUCAAUGGUGAAGUGGAUGUCUCUCCAGAAGAAGUGGAGAGUGGGGGUGAUGAGGACGACCAGCAGAUGGGGACCUAUGGAAUCGCCCUCUACAGAUUCCAAGCCCUGGAAACGAAUGAGUUGGAUUUUGAGGUAGGGGACAAAAUUCGAAUCCUGGGGACCUUGGAGGAUGGCUGGCUGGAAGGACACCUGAAGGGCAAGACAGGUAUCUUUCCCCAUCGCUUUGUGAAGUUAUGUCCUAGCAAGAGGACAGAGGAAACCUUGGCUCAGCCCCAGGAAGACAGCUUCCCAAAGAACUCUGAAAGCUCUGUGGGGGAGUCAGGGGACUCCGUGGUGGAGGAAGCAAGACCACAGGAGUGUGAAGAAGAAAGACCUGACUGUGAUCUCCCAGAACAGGCCUCUGCGCCCCAAGAUGAUGUGGCACCCGAGUGGAUUGGAGAUAAGAUCUCUGGUCAGGAUAAAAAUGCCUUAGGAAGCUCCCCAGAUGUGGACCUUGAAAGGCCUCUUGCUAAAGGCCUUUCCACACCUGACCUCUCAGAGGAAGUCAAUGGUAUUUCCUCCCAGCCUCAGGUACCUCUUCACCCCAAAGUACAGAAGAGCCAACAUUAUUUAACAGCAGGAGGGAGCCACCAAGGCUCAGACCCAUUCUCCUCAGAGCUUGUCCCGCUAGAAGCCAGGACCAGAGACUACUCCAGCCUGCCUCCUAGGAGAACAUAUACCCAGGGUUGGUCACUCCAGAAGCCAGUGCCCCACCUCCAGAGAGCCUCCUCGCUUACAGGCUCAAGGCUAGACAGACUUAGCCACUUUUGCCAUCCAGCCAUGGCCAGCAAUGCUCAGAAACACCCAAUAUCUACAGAAAAUAUUGCCAGCCUCUGCUGUGCACCUGAGAGACCAGAGAGGAGGCCUGGUCUACCAGACAGGGGGCCUGUCACAGCUAUGACCCCAGCAUCGCAGGUGGACAGCUUGGACCUAGAUUCCAAGUUGACUGAACAACUGAUAGAGUUUGAGAAGAGCCUGUCAGGGCCCAGCACAGAGCCAGGGAAAAUCGUACGCCGCUUUUCAAUCAUGGACUUUUACUCUGAGAAGGAUAUCGUGAGAGGCUCCUCAGACUCACAGGCCUCACAGGCUUUCCCGGAGAAAAGAAAGACCCUGAGGCCACCGCCGCCUAGACCCCGUACCCCAACACCCAUUUCUCCCCACUUGCUGGUUGACCAGAGCCCGAAACCUGUACCCGCCUUGGUUGUGCGACCCUCCCGACCAGCUCCCCUGCCUCCUCCCACCCAGCAGAGGAUGAAUACGGCCUCCCCCAAGCCCACCUCCUGCGCCCAUGUCAGUUGGGAGGCUCCAGAGAAGGAGGACUCUGAGCACACGGAGAAGAGCCCCGCCCAGACGUUUCCAUGCCCCUCUGUGUUGGCGAGGAUUCAGGGCCUGGAACACGACUUGGACAUGUAUGCCAGGGCUCAGGAGGAACUGAGCUUGCUGUUAGAGGAGAAGCAAGAGGAGUCGUUGAGGACGGAGGCUCUUGAGACUUUCAAAUCCUACGAGAGCGCCAUUCAGAGUCUGAACCUGGAGCUCCAGCAGCUGAGAGACAUGACGCUCCUCUCUUCCCAGUCUUCAUCUCUGGCCACCUCCUCUGGGUCCGUGUCCACUGAAAAGCCAGAGCAGAGGAUGCUGGAGAAGAGGGCCAAGGUGGUGACUGAGCUUUUGCAGACGGAGAAAGACUACAUCCGGGAUCUGGAGAUGUGCAUUGAGAGGGUCAUGGUGCCCCUGCAGCAGGCACAGGUACCAAACGUUGAUUUUGAAGGACUUUUUGGAAAUAUGCAAACAGUGAUUAAAGUCUCAAAGCAAUUGCUGGCAGCCUUGGAAGUCACCGAUGCUGUAGGACCCGUGUUUCUUGAUCACCGGGAAGAACUUGAGGGGACGUACAGGGUUUACUGCCAGAACCAUGAUGAGGCCAUUUCCCUGCUAGAAAUCUACGAGAAGGACGAGAGGGUCCAGAAGCAUCUUCAAGACUACUUGGCUGAUCUCAAGAGCCUGUACCAUGAAUGGGGAUGCACCAAUUAUAUCAACCUGGGCUCCUUCCUCAUCAAACCCGUACAAAGAAUAAUGCGUUACCCACUGCUGCUAAUGGAGUUGCUGAAUUCCACCCCAGAAUCCCACCCGGAUAAAGUGCCUUUAACCAACGCGGUCCUCGCCGUCAAGGAAAUCAAUGUUAACAUUAAUGAGUACAAACGCCGGAAGGAUCUAGUGCUUAAGUACCGCAAAGGGGAUGAAGACAGCCUGAUGGAGAAGAUCUCCAAGCUGAACAUACACUCCAUCAUCAAGAAGUCCAGCCGCGUUAGCAGCCACCUGAAACACCUCACUGGUUUCGCUCCGCAGCUAAAAGAUGAAGUAUUUGAAGAGACAGAAAAGAACUUCCGGAUGCAGGAGAGAUUGAUUAAGUCUUUUAUCCGAGACCUGUCCCUCUACCUCCAGCAUAUACGGGAAUCUGCUUGUGUGAAGGUGGUGGCAGCUAUGAGUAUAUGGGAUCUGUGCAUGGAGAGGGGGCAUCAUGACCUGGAGCAGUUCGAGAAGGUGCAUCGAUACAUCAGUGACCAGCUCUUCACACGGUUUAAGGAGAGGACCGAGCGGCUUGUCAUCAGUCCCUUAAACCAGCUGCUGAACAUGUUCACGGGGCCCUACAAGCUGGUGCAGAAGCGUUUCGACAAGCUCUUGGACUUCCACAACUGCACUGAGAAAGCGGAGAAGCUCAAGGACAAGAAGACUCUGGAGGAGCUGCAGUCGGCCCGGAACAACUACGAGGCCCUGAACUCGCAGCUGCUGGACGAGCUGCCCAAGUUCCAGCAGUACGCCCAGAGCCUCUUCACCAACUGCAUCCACGGCUACGCCGAAGCCCACUGUGACUUCGUGCAGCAGGCCCUGGAGCAGCUGCAGCCGCUGCUGUCGUUACUGAAAGCCAGCGACCGAGAAGGCAACUUGAUCGCCAUCUUCCAUGAGGAGCACAGCCGGGUCCUACAGCAGCUCCAGGUCUUCACUUUCUUCCCAGAAUCCCUCCCGGCUCCUAGGAAGCCCUUUGAGAGGAAAACCACAGACCGCCAGUCAUCACGGAAGACCCUUCUGGGCAUGCCAAGCUACAUGCUGCAAUCAGAAGAGCUGCGGAGCUCCCUGCUGGCGAGGUACCCACCGGAGAUGCUCUUCCAUGUCCAGCGGAACUUCAACGCUGCUCAGGACUUGGAUGUCUCCCUUUUGGAAGGGGACCUGGUGGGCGUGAUCAAAAAGCAGGACCCCAUGGGCAGCCAGAACCGCUGGCUCGUGGACAACGGAGUCACCAAAGGCUUUGUCUACAGCUCCUUCCUGAAGCCUUACAAUCCUCGCUGCAGCCAUUCGGACUCCUCCGUGGUCAGCCACUCCUCCACAGAGUCCGAGCACAGUGGCUCCUCCCCCAGCUUCCAUCGCCAGAACAGCAACAGUGCCUUGACCUUCAACUCCAACAACAUGAGUGUGUCGUUCACCUCAGGACUUUCCCUGAAGCAACCUCAGGAUGCUUCUCCACCGAAGGACUGUGUCCAAGAAACUCUCGGGGUGUCCUCGAACACGGGGAAUCCAGAAACUGGACCUUCCUCAUGCUUUUCAGACCCAGGCUUUUCCUGCCAGCGCAGGCCAGGGAACUCUGCAGAUGGUGCCAGAGAAAUCUGCCAACCUGCUUCAACCCUGAGGGGCUGCCAUCGGGGCUCCCCGCAUUCAGAAGUGGUCAGUUACUCUGUGCCAGGACGAAAUGACCAAGGCAGUGACUCUUUAAAAGUAACUGCCAGAGCCUGUCAGAGUCCAGAAGACAGAGACAGAGGGCUUGGAAGCAGUGAGACAGAAGGCAACCAGGUCUAUUUUGCCAUCUAUACCUUCAAGGCGCGAAACCCCAAUGAACUGAGUGUAUCAGCCAAUCAGAGACUCAGGAUCCUUGAGUUUAAAGACGUCACAGGCAAUACAGAGUGGUGGUUGGCCGAAGUUAACGGAAGGAAGGGCUAUGUCCCAUCCAACUAUAUCCGAAAAACUGAGUACACCUGAGCCAAGUUGCCUCCCAUCCCCCCUUGCUGCCGCUUUCAGUCCGCCGGAAUGUUUUGGUGGGCUCCAGGCUCCUGCUCCCAAGCAGGGCCCCACCACACUGCUCAUCCAUAAUGUGGAGCGCGAGAUAAGCUUUGUUCUGAUUGGGUUGUACACUUUGAUGCUCGCUAGAAUUUGAAGUGGAUGGACCCCAAAGGUUUGCCAGUGAUUCCGUGUCCACAAGAAGCAGGCCAAGUGCCGGUGUCAGCUUUGGGAAAUGAGACGUUCCCAAUCAGAAAAGCAGUAUUGUGCGCUGGUAGCUGUGCCAGCAUCAGCAGACGCUGGUGUUGGUUGCCACGUGCUCCGUGGUGGACUGAGCAGUCACGGGAUGAGGAGGAGCAGGUUCUGAGACCUCCUCCAUCGUACCUCUAUACAUGGGAACAGUCUUGUCAAGAUCACACCAAACCUGGUGUGUCAAAGGCCUGAGACACCCUGGUGCCCGGCAGCUUUCUCUCUGACACUUGCCCCUCACUCCUAAUUCUUAACAUGCUAACCUUUCACUGCUUCCCCGUUGAAUGUUUACAGUCUAACUUUUCUUCUGACCGUGUCUGGAAGGUUCUCUUACCUUGUCGAACAUGGUCAUCUGCCUCUUCUCUAACACUCAUUUCAACUUUGUUUGAUCUCUGUGGUGUCUCCUAACCUUUCUCCCUUGUACGCCAUAACUGACAGACUUCCCUAGACUAGCGGGCUCGGCAGUCCGGCCAGCCACUGAAAGUAUUCAUUCUGCCAGGUGGAAGCAGGAUGCCUGCCUCGCCCCCUUCCACCCUAGCACUCUACUGCCAUCUAGUCGCCUCCACACGUGCUCAAGACAACCACGUGGCUUAUUUGAAGUAGGCAGGAUCAGUGGCCCCAGAAACUAGUCUUAGAGUUGGAAAUAAGAAUUUUCUUUCUCACCACGAACUGCCAUACUUCAGAGACAAUAUUCAAAGCCAGACAGAUGCUAAAGUGCCUAAUGAGACCUCAGACCCAAGGCCGGAAGGUGGGUCGCUAAACCCAUGUGAGGACUUGUCUCAGCAUGGGUCUUAGACUCCAGUUCUUCCCCAUCCCUCUGGCUGCUGCUCUUCCAGCUGCACGUUUGGCCUUAAAGUCCUGUUGAAUCAGGGCAUGCCUGUGGACACCCAUGGCUGCACCACUGGUCAGAGCCUCUUAUGAAGUGUUUAUAUUUAGAAAUGUUUAUAUUUAAGUAGCUAUUUUAUAAAUAAAAGCAUUUCUAUUGACCAUAA